AUGAGAGCUUUCCUCACUUUGUUCACAUCUGCUGCUGUCAUUCUCCUGGUAAUUGAUGGAGGUUUGUGUGUGGAUAUCGUUGGAGGAAGUGAAGUAGCACCACACUCUAGACCAUUUAUGGCCCUAAUCCAAAGAGCAAAUGGAAAGCUUAUUUGUGGAGGAGCUUUGAUCAAGAAAAACUGGGUGUUAACAGCUGCCCACUGUAACGUGGAAGGAGGCAAAGUUAUUCUUGGAGCUCAUUCGCAGAAAGCAAGAGAAAAAGAAAAACAGGUUUUUGAGAUUGCAAGACAAAUUCCCUACCCAGGCUACAAUUGCCGUAGUAAGGAAAAAGACAUUAUGCUGCUGCAGCUUGACAAAAGAGCAAUAAUUACUAAAGCUGUGAAAAUCAUUCCCCUGCCUACCUCAGCUGAUGAUCCCAAACCAGGAACAACUUGCAGCAUAGCAGGAUGGGGACAAACUCACAAAUAUCUGAAAAAUUAUUCUGAUACCCUGAGGGAGGUCAAUAUCACUGUCAUCAGCAGGCAAAUCUGCAACGACAACAAACAUUAUAAUAAGAAACCUGUCAUAACAGAAGACAUGAUAUGCGCAGGUGAUAAGAGUGGAGGAAAAGACUCAUGUUCUGGGGAUUCUGGCGGACCUUUAAGAUGCAAUAAUGUGAUGAGAGGCAUUACUGCUUUCGGGAAGUCAAACUGUGCCACGCCCGAUGGCCCUGGUGUCUACACUCGUCUCACAAAGCAAUACCUUCAGUGGAUAAGGACAACCAUACAGGGAGACGAAUAG